UCAUUGCAUACCAAAACAAAGCGUAAGAAAAAGCAGAAAACCAAAGCAAAACAAUCACUUUAUAGAGAAAAAAGAGAGCACGAAAUGGUUUCUAAAGAGCAAAAGAGAGCAGCACUGCAUGAGAAGCUGCAACUUCUUCGUUCUCUUACUAACUCUCAUGCACUAAACAAAACAUCGAUCAUAAUAGAUGCGUCAAAGUAUAUCCAGGAAUUAAAGCAAAAGGUGGAAGAAUUGAAUCAAGACUUAGCCAAUGCACAAACUUCAACUGACCAAAAUACUUUGCCUAUGGUCACAGUAGAAACCACGGAGAAGGGUUUUGUUAUUGAUGUUUUUUCAGCAAAGAGUUGUCCUGGUCUGUUUGUUUCGAUAUUGGAGUCAUUUGAAGAGAUGAGUCUUAAUGUGCUUGAAGCUAGGGCUACUUGUACGGACACGUUUCGAUUUCAUGCUGUUGGAGGAAAAGUAAGACAAUAUUUUAACGAAGAAGAAGGUAAGAAUAUUGAUGCACGAGCUGUGAAACAGGCAAUGAGACAAGCAAUAAAGAAUUGGAGCCAAAAUGCUGAACAAAAGUAAUAAAAUGUCAGCUUUUACAUUUAUGUUAUUUAUAUCUUCUGUGUGUAUUUUCUUCAUUUAGUUUAAGCAUGUUCUUCCAUUAAUUAGACCUAACUUGAAGUUUUGAUUGAUCAUGAAAUCAAUCGAGCUGGAAGAUUCUCUGAAAUAUCUAAAUUUUCACAUGUUUAUGUGUGUGGUA